AUGGCGUCCGCUUUGGUGGAAAGCCCAUCUGAACUAAAUCAACUUUUUAGGGACAUAUCCUCGAAGUUUUCUCCAGCUGAAUCAGAGGAUGUCGUGAAGUCUUCAAAACGAAUUUAUGGAGAGCAAUUUAAAUCGCUGGGAAAUCAAGAUUUGUUGUCAUGUUUGGAUCGUUUGUGUAAGUUCGAUUAUGUCUCGAGUAAAAAACUGACUCUAAUCAAGGAGUUCAUUGCUACAAGAUCAAACAAUGAGCAUGACAUUAACAAAAGAGUUGAAGACUUUGAGACCUCCAACCCAUCACAGCCAGAGCCGCAAAAGGAAUUACACGGAAGAAUUGAGGAGUUCAAGGAGAUUACGGAAAAACUUAAAAUGAAGCCUUUUGUUGUUAAUUUGUAUGGAUCCGCUGGAGUGAGAAAGACAACUCUUGCAAGGAACAUUUGUGAUAAAUGGGCUGGUGAGAAAUACGUCUUUGAUUUAAGAGAAGCUAAAGAUAUGACGGCGGUUUAUCUGACCAUCAUGGGUAAACUUGACCUAAACAUCCGAGACGUUCGUUUAGAUAUGGGUACUGCUGUUGGAAGAAUUCGUGGCCUGUCGAAAGUGAGAAGCAAAGGUCCUCCUAUUCUUUUACUUCUCGACAAUGUGGAUCAUUUCACUGAAGGAAAGGGGAAGGAGGGCAAGAACGUAAAAACACAGUUUUUAUACUUCCUGGGAAAGCUGUCAAAGGUUGAUGACGAGAAAGGUUCAUUAAAUGUGCUUCUGACUUCAAGGACUCAGCUGAAUGAUUCAAAGAAGGUGUCUGAUUUUAAGUUGCAACCUCUUACAAAUAAUUUUUCAGAGAAAAUCUUGCUACCUACAGAAACAUUUCAUCUUGAGGCACAGCAGAAGAAACAGCUUCUUGACAUCUGCAAAGGAGUCCCAUUGCUGUUGAAAGGAAUAUCUGCAAUUUUGAAACAAAGGAGAAAAUCUCCCAGUGAUCUGAUUGAUGGGAUAGAAAUGAACUCUGAAGAGGAAGCUGGAGUUCUUGUGAAACCAAAAUAUGAAGAGGGUACAGGAGAAAAACCUUUUAAUUCAGAAGAAGAAGGCAUCGAUGAUGAGCAAAUGUCAGUGAUAAGAGAAAUGUUUGAUACCCUGCCAUCUGACAUUUUGAAGGUUUCUGCUGUAUCAGUAUCCUUGUUUCAUGGGCCCUUCACUGCUUCCACUGCUGCCAAAAUUCUUGGUGUUAGCAUGUCAGAAGCAGUGGCACAGCUUGAAGGACUAGUAACCAAUGAAAUUAUUCACGUAGUUGACGAAGAUGCCAAGCAGUUGAUGUAUGACAUUCAUCCACUUUUAAGAAAGUAUGCAGAGAGCAUUCAAAAUGAUGCCAUGUUCUAUGAAUGCUACACUGAAGCGAAGGGUCGAUUUUAUGAGCACUUUAUGUCAAAGAUGAAACAAAUUGCUGGAUUAAUAGAGGCGAGCUACAUCAGAGCAUUCAACGAGUUUAAAAGAGAUCGUCCAAACUUUGAGUUUGCAAUUGACCUUGCCUUGUUACCAGAGUACUUUACUGUUCCGGGUGGAUACCAUGAAUGUGCAUUGAUUGUUUCCCUUUUUAAUGCUAUGUGGCCUGGAAAGAAGAAGACUAAGCUGUUCAAUUCCUGGGCAGAGAUGUGCAAAGAUGAUGGAAAUUUAGGUAUGUUUUUUCUUUUCAUUAUUUUGUUACAAGGAAAUGACCAAAAUCUCUGCAUGGCUUUUUACCCAGGUGUCAAAUUGGUUUCUAGCUUUUUUUUUUCAUCCCAAAUACUGCACUAAAAAAUUUCAGAAUUCUUUCAUUGAAGCAAAUGCUGUUGCCACCCAUUUAUUUAAACAAAGUGGACUUUUCCAAUGCAUGCUAACACCACAAGUACUACUGCCAUAACCACACUUUUACCAAUACUACUUCCACCACCACUACCACUACCCAGAAUUUUCCCUAAAUUUUAGCUGAGCAAGUAAGGGACCAUCCAUGGCCAGUAAAGCAAAAAAUAUGCACCAGAGGCCCACUUUGCUAGUGGGUAGUGGGGUAGUGGAAUGAAGGACAUGGCCCCACCCUUGCUGGGAAAUUUAGGAGCUAAGUUCAGUCUGAAAUGUCAUUCCCUCAUUUUAAGACCUAUUUUAUGCAAAUCAGCCAUUGUUAUCUUUAGAUAACAAUUUAAAGGGGCUGUAUCACGGCAGUCUACUUCAUUUUGUUCAAUUUUGCCAAUUACUCGCCCUCCAUCGCUAUGGAACUUAAAGUAAGCAAAGAAAUUACAUGUAAAUGACAAAAUCAGAGAUCCGAGACAAACAAAUGUCUCUUGAGCAUUUCUUUUGAAGUUGCAAGCAGCAGGGAUCAACUUUGAAAAACUGUUAGGCUGAACAGUUUUCAAAAACCCUAAUUUCAAUCCGUUUCAAUCUUCUUCAGUUUUGCCCAUCCGUGGUAUCUGUUGUUUCUGUUAUGUUAUUUUAACCUUCCUUUAAAGUUUUGAGCGGUUAUUUUUAUGUUUCUCUUAAUUUAACGGGCAUUUUGUAAUUUCCUAAUUUGGCUGAAUUUCGUGACACAGCUCCUUUAAAACAUGCAUUUGAUUCCAAUAAUUUUACUCUAUGAUAAAAAGAAAAGGUGUGUAUAUAUACAUGUACUUUAUUACUUUUCCAUAUAUAUUUAUUGAUUUUUCUUGUGAGAAUGUGAUCGGAUCAUAACCUUUGUUUUGUAAAAUCUACUAAACCUUCAAGCAGUUGCAGGUGGUUAGGACUGUUGCUUCAGAUAGUAAAUUUUUACUGUUUACCACCUGAUAAGGAGAACAGUGACUACCACUACCGCCACCACCACCUCCACCACGACCACUUGCUUUGAAAUUAAUUUUAGAAAUCAACAUUAGCUUUUGUUAUACUGUAAAAUGUAAUGGUCAUACAAAUGAAGCAUUCUAUUACUACCACUAUACCACUACCACUACCACUACCACUCCUACUUCCACUACCACCACCACCACUGCUACCAAUAUCACAACCACCACUACUACUACCACCACCACUACCAAUACAACAACCACUACUUCUACCACCACCGCCACCUCUACCAUUACCAUGACCACUACUACCAAAACUACUACUUCCUUUACUACUAUUACUACAACUCUUGCUACCACCACCACCAUUACCAGUACAUGUACCAUCACCAAUACUACUACUACUACCACCACCACCACCAGCAGCAGCACCAUAACCACUGCCACUGCCACUAUUGCACCAGAGUACCACAGCCAUCACCACUACUACUUUUGCCACCACUAUGAAUUACAUGUAGCACUCUUAGUAUUACCACCACUGCCACAACCACUUGCACUGCUACUGCUACUGUCCCUGCUGCUAUCACCACAGUGCAACACAGCCUUCAAAUUAACACUGCCAUUUUCUCUAGCACUCUGACAACUGAGGUAUAUUUACAAAGAGAAUCAAAUAGACUUAGCGUGUCAAAGUCUACAAUUGUUGCAAAUGUAAAGUGCCCUCUUUUUGCAGGUUCUUUAUUUCGCUCUCAGUUACGAUGUUGGGAAGCUAGGCUGGUCUCCGAAGCUCAGGGUGCUCAGAAAGCCUUUGAAGUAUUGGCGAAGGCAUCCACGUCAUUAAAACAAGUUGAUGACAAAUCUACCGAAUCUUUCAAGCUGACCCAAGGGCUCUACUUGUGUUUUGAGGGAGAAAUCUAUUACCAAAACAGAGACUACCACAAAGCAAUUGAAUGCUUAGAGUCCUCCUUAGACCUCAUGGAGGGUCCGUUAAAACUUGACACCAAAGUUGCCAGGUGUUACAACGCUCUAGGGAAUUGUUAUUACAGACUUGACAGAAUGGAGAAAGCCCUUGAGUUCCUCAACAAGGCGCUUAAAAUGCGAGAAGAAUUAUCCGGCUCUGAUUAUCACUACGACGUUGCAUUUUACAAGAAUCAGAUUGGCACAGUUCAUGAGCACAAAGGAGAGUAUGAAGAGGCAGUGAAAUGCUACAAAGAUGCUCUCGAACUUUUAAAAGAGCUCAAAUGCUUAGGAUACAAAGAUGAAGCUCUGUUUCGUAGAAAUCUCGCCAUUGUUUAUGUUCACCAAAAAAAGUACAAAGAAGCCGAAGAGGAGGCAGAGAAGGCGUUUAAAAUCAGACUUAAAAUUCUUGGAAAUCACCCGGAUACUGUGCGAAGCAUUUUUCAACUGGGAGUUAUUCAAGCAAAAUUAGAGACUUAUGACAAAGCCUUGGAAUUUUUCUUAAAAGCUUGGAAAAUGGAGAAAUUAUUGGGUGCUGGGAACCAAAGUGCGGUUUGGAGGAAAAUUAUCACAGGCGUCUUUGAUAUGCAUAAAUUCUUAAAGAAGAAAGGCGCCGAAAAAGAAAAAGAAGAGUUUAGGCAAGAUGCUUUGGCUUUUUGUGAGCGUUUCUGGAAAGAAGAGAAAGCUUCUCCACAGUUUAACUUUACUCGUUACAAUAAGGGGAUUAUUGAUGCCAUACUAUAUCUACUGGAGAAAAGAACCAGUAUGUUUGGAUUGACAGAUGAGAAAGAAAAAGCUCUCACAGACAAGUACGAAAGAGAAGCUCUUUGGUUCUAUGAUGGAAUGCAAGGAAUUACCGAGGAAAGCUUUAACAAUGAAUUUGACAGGGCCACAGACAAUAAAUUGCUUAAUGUACUGCUUAGAGAGAGAACUGCCUUCUUGGACAAGAUUCUUGAUUUCUGUAGUCGACAAGAUGAGCAUGAAAAACUUCUUAAACACAAACAAGGGAAGAUGACGCUGUUUAAGAAAGUCCUUGUCAGGUCUGACUUUGUUGGCGUGGAGACACAGAAGAAAUUAACUUUAAAGACAGCCGUAGAAGAGUUGUAUAAAGAAUUAGGAGAGGAAAAGAGUAUUGAGAAAUUUCAAGAACACCUUUUGGCAACCUGGCAGAGGCAGUGGGAAGAAGAAAAAGGCAAAGAGGAGUCAAACGAAAAGUUGGUGGCGAGUUGGAGAAUAAUUAAAGGCAUACUACAGCUAUGCAAAGAACUUGAAAUGAAAGAUCUUCUUAAGAGAUAUGGAAAAGAAGCUUUGAGCUUUUGUGACAGAUUGUUAGAAAGCUGGCGCGGUGAAAUGAAUGUUGAAGUAGAGGCCAUGUUGCUGAAAACAAUGGAAGAGUCGGCCCGGUGGAUUGGAGAUCUUAAAAGGUGGUAUGCAAUCCGUGAUGCCUUACAAGUAAGAAUGUUUAGUAAUGCAACAAGUAUUACUGUUAUCUUGAUGAUCUUGUCUUUCAGUAAUGCAGGGCUAAUUUUUUGGCUCUCCUUCAUGAACUCAUACACUUUGAUGACCUAGAGUAAAAAUUUGUAUUCUUACAAUGUGGGAUUGCCUACCUUUACACGUUGAAAUUAAGUCCCAAUGAUCAAAAUGGUAUUUGAGACAACUUGAAAAUGAGUUUGUUUAGGUAGUUUACUUUUUUCGGCCAAGUAUAGGUCACACUUUCCAGUGUUAAAAGUUUGAACACAGAAUUCGAAGUGACACGAAUCAAGCUCUGUCUGCUAUACAUAGACAUCCUUUGAUCCUUGGGUGUUUAAGCAGUUAUGGGCAGAUAGCUGUCCCUACAUUCUGAAGAGAUCUGAUUCGUUGGCUACUCACUUAUUGUUAUGUUAGUUUCUAAGGCAUUUAAAAGAUGGAAUCCAUCAGGAAAUUGACUAAUUUUAAUUUUCAGUGGACAAAAAACCAUCUACCAGAAUAAUUUAAAGCAUAUUGCAUUCUUUUUUACACUUUUCAAGGGUUAUAGAUGUAAUUAGUUAGUAAUUUUGUAAUAACACCAAAUAAUAUUUCUUAUGAGAUCCCGAUCCCGUUUUCACAAUUCCUUUGAAAUUUCUUUUCUUGGUCUCCCAUGAGAGACUGUUUUUGGUGUUAUUACAGAUAACUAAUUAUAUCUAGAUCCCUGAAAAGUGAAAAAGGUUUUUUUGUCUACUCAGAAUUAAGAUUACUCAACUUCCUGACGGAUUCUCUUUAAUCCAAUGUGUCUUUAUUAAUUUUUUUUUGUUAGGACUUGAGGGUGAAUAUACAGCCAUGGACCACUCAAAAACUCAAAGGUAACAUGAUUAUGAUUUUCUGUUCAAUUAUUCUACCCACGUCAUUUAGUUUAUGUUGUUUUCUUUUUAUUUCAGUGCAGUUACAUUUGUAUUAUUUUCAUUGUCAGUACCACAUUUAUUACUACGAUGAUGCUCAUGGGUGACUUAUCCCUCGGCCAUGCCUUGUCUUUCCAUAUUUUAUUUAUCUGAUGUGAGACACAGACAGCUGUACUACCCUGAUAGCAUUAUAACGAUGCAUCAGGGCGCCCCACCAUCGUAUAGCACAAAAUUGUGUUGAAUUUAAUGUCUGAUAAGUCAGCGCAAAAGCCAUAUUAUUUUCAGGAUAUUUCUUUAGAGCACGAACUAAAGUUAUCUCUCAGGCGUAAUUUAACUUAUCCGUUGCUGUGUGUGAACACUUUGUUCCUUUCCUAGCUGAUUCAGUACUUUAUGUAGAAAUGGACAGUAAUCCUCUAUCAUUACCUAUUAAAUUCCUAUAUUAGAAAAGAAGCAUUUGUUCGAGCCACCCAUUUCGAUGCAUCUUGUUGUUGGGGAAGAGAAAGACGCUACUGAAAUCGAAGCUGAGGCAAACGUUGAAGUUGUAUCUGCGCAGGGAACUGAAUUUGGAUUACAAGGAGUGACUACAGAAGAGUCAGAAGUGGCUGGUGUUGCAGAUGAGGAAGGCAAGGGAGUAGAAUCCCACGGAGUAUCGGAUGAACAGGUUGACGUUGAGGCUGCGGAAAAUGAAAGUGAAACCGAAAGUGAAGAUUAUGCAGAAGAACAGAAAGAAGAUCUUGAGGUACAUGAGCAAGUUACUGAGUUGGCAGGUGAGGAGGCCAUGGAAGCUGAAUCCCAUGGAAGAUCGGAAGAAGAGAGUGAAGAAGAGUCUGAUGAUGAAACCGAAACUCAAGGAGUUGAUAGAGAAGGACAGAAUGACAAUGAAGAAGAGUCCAGGUAAGUGAAGGAGGAAGGAAGAGAAAGAAACGUUAAAUAACUGACGAGUUCUUGUAGGUACAUACGUUCCUUUGAGAUCAAGAAACAACACUGCUUGCCGUCGUACAGGUGCAGCUCGCAGAAGAGAUAAAGUACUUAUAAUUCUAACUAACUGAUGAUAAGAAUUCCCGUGGCGGUGCCCCUUUAAAAUAUGAGACUAUUUAAUCACACUUAAACAUUAUAAAUUGCCACUGCUAGUGUUGGUAUAAAGAGUGUCUGGGUUAAAAAUAAAUAAAUAAAACGUCCACAAGGUGUUGCAGCAUAUCUUAGAUUCCAUUGACUUCAUAAGCUGCUACAUUGCUGUUUUUAUCCAACAAGGGGGUCAGACUUAUAAAACAAAGCUUUGUUUUAGGAGACAGUAGGACACUGGACCUAGGAUAAUGGCUCUGUUCCAUUAUUUACAACUCGAUUGUGGUACCACAUUAUCCUGUCCAUUCAGUGUCCGCUUUUACAAAUAGACGUUUUAUUUUUUUAAUCAACAAAAUGUUGAAAUAUUUUGUAAUUAUUGCAGACGAAUAGUAACGAGUGAAGGUACCAACUGGGCCAUCGAGCAACUUGGUGUUCACCUGAUGUUCCCUCUUGAUGCUGUGUCUGAACCCACUCCAAUAAUGGUCCAAAGAUGGAAAAACAGUGUCUGCUCACCCCCUUUGCAGGAGCACGAGGCCAUUACUAGCAAUGUUAUUGAACUAUCUUCCAUGGAUAGCCAAGAUGUGAAAUUUAACACCAAGGUGAAGCUUUCAUUAUCCCACAGCGCAACAAACCUACGGGGCUACGAGCUGGUGAUAAAAAAGCUAACUGACAAGGAGACGAAUAAAUGGGGAGACCUGGAUGCAACCAAGGACAUACGUUCGCUUGAAGGUACAUAAACGUCUCUUUGUACGGUAGAAUAACGUACAGCGGACUGUUAAUUGAUCUUUGCAUGAAGACCUAAAUGCACUUGGAGGUGGACAUCGACCAAACUCGAUAGACUUUUAGCAAAGAACCGAUUAGGCCUCAUGGAAGUCACGCGCGUUGCAAAUUCCGACCAAAUUACAAACUCGCUUUCGGAAGGCACAGAGGAGUUUAAACUGAACCACAGAAUAGACAUAUUAUUUGAUCCUGCUUUUCUUUAAUCUUUUUCAACUUUCCAUAGAGAAGGAAACAUUAUAGGUACUCAUGAAACUUUUUCUUUUAUCGCUUACAGAGAUUGAAGACGAUUUACCUUCUGACGUGGAAAUACCAGACCUUUUCUUUCCUGUUGCUCAAGGUGACAUCUCUGAGUGCUCGACAUACGCAGUGGUUUGUCGUCUGAAGGUUUCUCCAACUUACACCAUCACAUCCAAAGGCGGUUCAUUCAGUCAUCCUGACUAUCCAGGCGUGACAGUUACAAUACCUGAGAACGCUGUUGCUCCUAGUGCAGAGUUCCCUUUGGAAUUGAAAGUAAGUCUUACUUUCACUACUCACGUUGUUGUUUUUUCCACAAUUGGCUAAUAAUUUGUUUAAGACUGUGAAGGUUUGAACCAAGGAGUCAUUUCAAAAGUACAUGUAGGUUGAGUUUGAUCGUCCGGAUGAACGUAGUCCUGAAUAGGACUGUUGAUGUGACCGACUCCAUUAUAUAUUCUCUCUUGACAACUGGUGAUUUUCAUUUCUAAUGGAACAGGUGCAAGAAGUUUCAAAUGAAGAGUUUGAAGAGGAAGGUGUAUUUCUUGGGCCUGUUCUGCGAAUCAAUCGCUCUGAAGGUGUUCAGUUCUUGAAACCUGUCACAAUUCGGCUGCCAAUUUCCCUUCGAGAACAACAGGACUUGAAUCUAAGCCCAAUUUGUGGCUCAACAUGUGAUGUUAAAGUGUUGUUCCUGAACUCCGAUGAUAAGCAAAAAACAUGGAUUGAUAUCACUGAUGAUCUUGUGAACCCUCCAAGUCUUGAUGGGAAGUUUGUUAGCUUCGAGGUCGAACGGUUCUCCAGGUAAGGCAGAAAAUGUUCGCUUAGCAGAGGGAUGGUUGUGUCGGUGAAAUUGCGGGGCUCUGAAAAGAAUCAUGGCACUACAUUGGUGACCGGGUGAUUGAAACACGAAAAUUUGGUUUAUUCAUUAUGUCUAUAAACUGAAAUUACCAUUGGCAAGAGAUUCCAAUCCUCAGCUUUUGAAUUCCCUUUGUCUUUUAAAACAACUGCCAGUGGUUAGAUAACACCUUUUACAAAGUGGCUUAACUUCACGUUAUCGUGACGCCAUAUCUCGUAAUCUCUGCAAACCAAAUUUUUCUAAAAUGCGUCUAAAGAAAGAACGAAAAGCUACUAAAGAGAAGAGGUUGUGACGCAACGUCGUUUCGAAAAAAUCCAGAAGUCUUUCGGGGAAACAUUUAACGUUCCCUCCCCUCUGUACGUUUUCAUUCAUUUCAAGUGUCUUAGCAAUUCAGUCAGUUCAAUAUUGUUGUUGUUGCUUUUUUUAAUUUAAUUUUUUUACUUUUUCCUUCUUCUAGGUAUUCGCAUUUUGUUAAAAGGCGAAACAAAAUAUCUAGAUUUCAUAGAGAGAGAGUCAUAAAAAAACUUAACAGCAGCACUUCGGUUCAGCCCAGACUGGCAGUCUUUUUUGCUUACUUUCGUCCAGAUCUUUCUACAAUUUUGCGUGUGAUGUGUUGCCCUUCUCACCUUAAAGGACAGCAGAUAAAAAAGCUUGAAAGAGAAGGCAUAAGGCGGCCUAUUUAUAGCAAUUCAAAGGAAGAUAUGACACCUGGCUACGACAAGGCAUUCGUGUUAGUAUCAGGAGGAAUACGCCUACAUGAAGAAGAAGACAUGGGGGGAAUAUAUCUUAGGUAA